CUUCAAGUGCUCUGCUUGUUGCUUAAAUAAACAUUGCCAGGUGCUAUAAUCAAAUGCAAUUUAGCAGUGUUAGUGUUUAACCAGCCAAAGCUUUUUAUACCCACUAGCGCAGCAUAGUAGUCUGAACUACCAGACUGUGUCGCCGAAUCUCUCGAAGCCGACAAGAUGGCUCACAACGCCACAACGCUGUUAACGCAGCUACCAAUCGACCCGGCAGAUCGUCCACGAUACAGUAAAGAGCAAUUGACAGCUUACUUUUCACGCAUCAAGCUUCCUGAGAAUUAUCUGUCCUCGCCAGUCCUAACAGAUCCGACAUUGGCAACAACAAAGGAGCAUGGCCUUCCUCUGCUCAGAGCUCUGCAACUAUACCACGUCUCGAACAUCCCGUUUGAGAAUUUAGAACUUCAUUAUUCGGCGAAGAAACAGGUGUCCUUGCAUAUGGAUGUUCUGUACGAAAAGUUCGUUGUCCGAGGAGAGACUCAUGGCCGAGGAGGGCGAUGCAUGGAACACAAUGGUUUCUUCGGAACCGUAUUGCGGAGCUUAGGCUACGACGUGCGGAAUUGUGCUGGCCGUGUCAGUCGAUCAUACAGCAUAAACGCGGAAAUCAGGGAGAAACAGGGCGACACCUAUGACGCCUGGAACCAUAUGCUCAACCUGGUCCGAAUCGAAGAAGUUUGGUAUGUAGUAGACGCGGGUACGCCGCCAAUGGGUCCCAACAUCGUGUUUCCGCUCCAGGACGGAUUCGAGGCAGUAGCGAUCCCACCGAGAAAGAUUCGCUUGCAAAAGCGUAGCAUACCAGAACACUACGCAAGCCGAGAGCAAGAUGCGCAGAAAUUGUGGUGCUAUGAUUUCUGUCUUCAUCCUGAUCAACCUGGUCGAGAGGACGUGUGGACGCCAAUUUACUGCUUCACUGAGACAGAGUUCUUGCCGCAGGACUACGAGAUGAUGUCGUUCUUCACAUCGCAUAAUCCACGCUCCUUCUUCACCUACUCGGUCCUUUGUGCGAAGAUGAUCUUGGACGAAGCAAGUCAGGCCAUUGUCGGAGAUGUCACGCUUUUCAACGACAGCGUACGCAAGACGGUGGCCGGGAAGAGGGAGAUUUUGGCAGAGCUCAAGACUGAGGAGGAGCGAGUGGCGGCGUUGAAAGACUUCUUGGGAGUAGAGCUGACCGAAGAAGAACGAACAAAUAUCCUGCCAGAGAGGAUGCUUCGUUAGCAGAGAUCGUAGGGUAUUGGUUUACCGCAAGGACUUCUCUGUUCGCUGCAGUCGGGUCACCAGAGCGCAAGUCUUCUCCCUCACACAAACCCAUGUUGUAAGCCUACAGAAUUGUAGACGACUUCGCUUGAGCUCGCCAUGUGCACCUGAGCGAAGUGCAGUUGUUGAUUGAUAGGUCCGAUUCGGCCAUCCUGUAGAAAGGGGCUUGUCUCCCUCUGCCAUCGAUGUCGAGUUUGUCGACGUCGUCCUCGAGAAACCGGGUGAUUUACGUUAUUAUUGCGGCUCCUCUUCGGUUGGUGCGAGAUGCUCCUUGUUUGAUAUGUCUUAAGCGCCCACUGGUCUUCGUACCAUUGUGUGAUGCCGGCAGCGUCACGCACCAACACACACUUGGUUCCAACUGGUCGGGUCGUUCGCUGCAAAGGACGAACUUGCGGUGAGGUCGAUUUCGUUGAGCGUUGACCAGCAGCUAUCAAAUAUCCUCAUUGCUACUAGCCGGCCUCCCUCGUCUAUGUUGGCGCCUCACUCGCCUUGUUGGGAGGCGAACCAAAUGAUCGGGUGUACAACUAGGGUUUGUAGUCAAUACUGCACCUUGAACGUCUCGCUCAAGGCUCGCUACCACGUUCUGUCACCAUUGUUUCCAGACUUGACAGCCCUGUAGCUUCAUGCAAUC